AUGGAGCAGAGUCGGACAGACAGGGCUGGUACUCCGGACUCUUUCUGCUCUGACAGAUGGACACCCAGUCCUCAACGACCUUAUUCGGACUUACAGAAGAAGAAAAAACAAGCUGUCGUAAGAGAAUUGUUGAAUGAAUUCGACAUGGAGGAGACCGUCGCACGCUAUAGAAACCAGAACUCGCAGGAAUUUGUCUUGGCCGAGAGCGAAUUCAGUUUGGAUGUUUCGCUUUCCGUGUUGCGGACACGCCAGCAUUUACAACGGCUGAUGGGCACUGACGUCAUCAGACUCAACGACCACAACUAUACAGAAACUCUGCUUCAGAAACUGAAAGAGGAGUACGAGGCCAACAUGGACAAAAAGGAAAAGGCGUUGGCGGAUGCAGAGAAACAAAGGCUACGGAAACUAAUGCUGGAAGGUAUCAUAUCAGUCAAUGUGAUGGAAAACCCGGACGGGAAACCACGUCGCUCCAAAAGAAGGAAAUACAAACAGAAGGAAAAUGCAUCUAAGAAUGGGCCUCCGUCCAUCAUGCACGAGGAUAGUCCAUACUACCAGGCUGUAGCCGAGAGGUCCGAAUCCCCUCAACAGUCAUCAGAUUACAAACAGAAUGACGUAGUGUCCCAGAUGGAGAUCAUCAAAAACAAAGAUUCAAAGGAGAAAAGUGACGAGAACAUGCACGAAGAGGAGGAUUCAUUGACACGAGAGGACUCUUUGGGUCACAAUUCCCGGGAAAACAGUGCGAAGAAGCAGGUACAAUGGGCACAACCUAAAAAGCAGAUGAACUCCGGCGAUGAAUCCGUAGCUAGUCCAAAGCGAGAAUAUCCCAAAGGAAGGUUUUCCACGAUAGAUUCUCCACUUCUGCGUGAUCUACGACACGAGGAGACUGUUGCUGGUUUGUACAGACUAGCAGAAUUGUUGGUUUUGUAA